AGGGAACGGCGGGGGGUUCACCUCCGACGCUGUCGCCACCUCCGCGGCUGUUACUUUAAUGAUGCUCCACGCCUUUCAAAGGCAGUGUCAGAGGUCUUUGAAAACGUGGUUCUGAGCUCCUUCACGCCACUAAAGCACAAAAAACCCACCUGCAGAAAAUGCAUCUAGAAUCUUUUUCAGGGAACUUUUCAUAAAUCUUAAGGAUGAUAAACAGAGAAGAGAAAAGGAAUGAAGAGAGAAGGUUAAAACCUCUCAGCUGAGAUUUUACCUCAGAAGGAGAAUCGUGGAGGUGAAGCUAUUUCAAAGAAAGAAGGCAGUGUCUGUGUGACAAGAAAAACACUCUACAAUGAAAAAAUUCACACUGUUUGAUUUUGUAAAUGAUAAUUCACUGCAAAUUGGAGAGACUUCAUGGAUACAGGACCUUCCCAGUGAUGACAAUGAACUAGAAAGACUUCUGAAACCAAAUGAGCAUGUGCUCGUGAACUGGCCUGUGGGAGAAAGAAAGACAGAAAAGCACAUGGUGAAAGUGGUGUAUAUGAGUGAUGACCCCCAAGAGCUGGUGGAAAUGAUGCAAAAGAUAUUACAAGCAGAUGAGAUUACAAAAAUACAAGUCCUUGGAAAAGGCAAAAGGAAGAGGAUAGAAAUGAUAUUCUCAGAAAGUGAAGACAGUGACCUGGAUAAAGAACAGGGGAAGAUGAUGAAACACAUAAAAAGAAAGAAAUCAUUGCAGGCAUCUGCUCCUGUGAACAUCCUGAGUCAACUUGAAACAUCUUUAAUUAACAAACAAAGAGAAACAUAUUCAGGAAGCAACCUUCUGUACAGUGAAAGCAGCAGUGAUGAUGAAGAGCCUUUAUUUCAACUAUCCAAGGUAGAACUGUGUGCCAAAAUAAGAAGUCUCAAGAGGAAGCUAACAGACACCAUGAGAGAAAACUGCCGCCUAAGGCAGUCCCUGGUGAUGCUGCAAGUGUUGCCACAGGCAGUCACCCAUUUUGAGGAACUAGUAGGAAUGGCUGAAGCACUGCUCAAAGGGGGAGUGACAUCAUCUACAUCCAGUCUGCACGCACAUGCCGUUUGGAAAGCGUCUAACAAUCCGUUAGCAGAUUCGUGUACAGCUCUGCAUAGCAGCUCCAGCUCACCUAUAACUUUGAAUGUGGAAGAUGAGGAACAACAGACUGAAAAACAGUUCAAGAUCGAAAAGUGGCAGAUUGCACUUUGUAACAAGAGCAAACCUCAAAAGUUUAUAAAUGACUUGAUGCAAGCACUUUAUACACAUGAAUACAUGGCUACACACAGCCUGACAGGUGCAAAGUCCUCCUCUUCAAAGGAUAAAGCGGCAAAACCAGCUAUGAAUCAGAAUGAAGUUCAGGAAAUCAUAGGAAUCACAAAACAGUUGUUUCCAAACACGGAUGACGCUUUAAUCAGGCGAAUGAUGGGACAAAAACUGAACAAUUGCACCAAGAAGCCAAUUUUAAGCAAAGAUCUUAACUCAGGUGCUUUUCAGAAGCAUAGCUUUUGUGGUUCAACAGCUGCUCCUCAGGGCACCAUCUCUCCAGCUGUUCCUUCCAGUACACAAGACCAGCAGGAUGAUGAUUCACCAGCUGCUAAUGCACAAAUUCAGCAAAGUGACAGCAGUCCUACUCCUCCACCUCCCACUCUACGAGGCCUGCAGGAAUGUUUCAAGGCCACAUCUUCUAAGGUGGAAUCUCAUCUUACCAGAAGCACAUCAGCAACCUCUCCCAACCAAGGCUGCGGAGAAGAUCUCAGGAAUUCAGACAAGGAAUAACACAAGGUAUUUCAUACCAGUUCAAAUUCUCAAUGGAGAUUAAAGAGUAGUAUAAAAGAAUUGAAUCUAAACGGGCCUAGCAACAGCGGACAGAGCUACUGCAAGCAGAAUAGAAGCCUGAAAACCAUUUUCUCAAACAAAUGAAAAUCCCACAGCGUAGAAGAUUGAAGGCAUAUUAAUAUCUUUGGCUUUAAGAUAUUACUAAGUAUAUGCAUGUUAUGCAGUAAUUUAAAAAAUAUAAACUUGUUCUGAAGAAUGUAAGUAGAGUUCCCCUUAGUUAGGAAAAAAAGCCCAUUAUUUAAAGUAAUACUAAAAGAAUGUAUAAGAGGAACCUUAAUCCCCUUGCUUUCACCUUGACAGCUGAUGGAAAACUGCUUUACUGCUCAGAGAAAGCUAUUGCAUAUUAAUACAAAAAAGACAUAGAAGUAUGAAAAGAGAGUAGGAAAAUAUCCUAAGGAAAUGUAAAGUGUGUCCAGCACAGGAUUAGAAAGCACAGGGUCAUAUGAGCACAGAAGAAAUAAAAUAGAUAUUUAUGGAUGCUGUUAACUUGGAAAGAAGAAAACGUUCUCAGGGCAAUGAAACUGCAGCUCUCAAGAUAUCUGCAGUAAAGCAGCAGCUCAUUUUUAACAUCUGUUGGCAAUGAGAGAAGCCACAUUCCCUCUUAGCUCAGGGAAGAGUCCUCCAUAGUAGCCUGUCUGGUUGUGGAGGCCGUGGCUUCUCCCACAGGCCUUCUGCUGGUACUCUGCUGGUUCAGCAUCUCUCACUCUCUUCCCUGAAGGGCAGGUCCAUAGGAUAAGGGUGUCUGAUCCCUCCAGUGAGGACAUGGAAGUGACUAGUAAAGGGCAGAGUUGACAGCCUCUACUCCCUGUGUUUCAAUUUUGGUAUGCUAACUCUUCCUUAGAGAGAAGGUGGACAGGUAAAGCAUUCCUCAUGGGACUAAGACCAGAAAAAUGCCCCUAACUGAGCAGUUCCUCUUGAGAGCUGACCUCAUUUGUCCCAGGAAGCAGCUGGCAGUCACACACAAUGUAAUUGCCGGAGGAGGAAGAGGAGGAGGAAAAGUACUUUUUUUUUUCUCUCUGACUGAUUCCAGGUUUAGCAUGGGAAGGAGAGAACACUUGGAUUAUAGUUUUCAUACUCGAGUAUACUUCUCCCAGAACAGCAAGUACUAAUAGUUACAUCUAUUUCAUAUGAGACAAACAAGCAACUAAGGAAUCAGGAUGAAAAUAAACCAACAUAAAGUUGAAGAAAUCUAGCUUGGUUUGAGGAGAAUUUCUGUAACUCAGGAGAUCGGAGUUACAGACAUAAAUUAGAAAUAGUGUUAGGGUGAAUGCCAAGAGAAAAAUAUUGAUGGUAAGGUUAGCAGCCAAUUAUCUCUAAAGGGAAGUGCUGCAAACCUAACUAGAACAAUGCACUAACAAAAGGUGCUGUGGGGAAGACUUUUGUGGGAGCUGGGGUACGAAUUAAGUGAUUUGGUAGCUUUUUCCAUAUCUCAUAUCUAUCAAUUCCUUGUAGGUAGGAUCAGGAUGAAAGCAGGUAUGAAAUAUAAAUUCCAUCUCAUGUUAUUAAACUAUUUCACUGUGAGGGUGAUGGAGCAGUGGCACAGGCUGCCCAGAGGGGUUGUGGAGUCUCCUUCUUUGGAGGUCUUCAAGACCUGCCUGGACAUGUUCCUGUGUGACCUGAUCUAGGUCCCUUCCAACCCCUACCAUUCUAUGAUUCUAUGAUUCUAUUAACUACUGUCUAUAAAAUGUAAUGGAAGGAUGUUUGCUAUCAUGUACAUUUUUUAUAUGUAAUUAUAUGUACAGCAUAUAAGAAUGUAUAUAGCUAAUAAUAUUUUUGAAGCAACUUUCUAUCAAAUAAAAUGAAACAUUACUAUGUCUUA